AUGGAGGAGGAAAACGAGGAAAUUGCAAAGAACGGAAGAAACUCAAAAGUAGCACUAGCGUUUGAGGAAGUGCUGGACUCCAUCGGGUCCAGAGGAAAAUUUCAGACGAGGCUCAACAUUGUCUUCAAUUGCGUCGGCCCAUGUUUCAAUAUGAUGAGUGUAAAUGUUUUCUUUCUCGCAAUGCAGACGCCUGAUCACUGGUGCCAUGUUCCUGGCAGAGAACAUUCCAACAUGUCGCUGGAGGAAUGGAAGAAUUUUACAAUUCCGAGGGCAGGCAAUUCGUUCAGCAAGUGCCUGAUGUACAACCAGAGCGAUGCCGUGAACUGGAGCAGUGAUGAACCAAUUAAGUGUCAGCACGGCUGGGAUUACGACGACACGUGGUUCUCGCUGACGGUUCCUUCGCAGAUGAACUGGGUCUGCGACAACCAGCAGCCAGCAAAGGACGUCUUGUUCUACGCACAAAAUAUCGGAGUGGCUAUGAGCCUGCUGUUCGGGUACAUAGGCGACAUGUACGGACGUCGGCCGCUGCAGCUCUUCAGUUUGGCUUCCCACGUGAUCAGCAGACUACUGCUGGUCCUCACGCCACACAUCCUGGUGCUCUUCAUCCUGGCAGAGGCCCUCGUAUCAGCAGCGGCUGGACCAAUGCUAGAAUCCGCCCUCUCUGUUGGUUUGGAGCUGACAGACAUCAGACAUCGUACGACCCUGAACUAUUUUUCAAGCUGUUGCUUGGGAGUGGGCUUCAUGGCUGCUGGCUUCCUUAGUUGGCUUCUGCGCAACUGGAAUUACUCUAUGUGGUUCCCGGAGUCACCGCGGUGGCUGGCGUGCAGAGGUCGCGAGGAGGAAGCUCUGAGGCUGCUGCGCCGUAUCGCCGCCACCAACGGCCGGCAACUGCCUCCGUUCGCUCCACGGGUGAUGCAUACCGUGGGUAAGGCCCAGAGGGACAGGAAGGGCUUCCUCAGCCUCUUCUCCAGCUGGAACGUCUUCAAGAAUACCGUGCUGCUCAUCACUGCAAGGUCUGCGCACCUACUGACGCAGUUCUCGCUGGUGUUGCUGGCUGGUGGCGUGGGCGUGAAUCCCUUCCUGACGGUGGCGGCGCAGGGCGCCGUCCAGCUGCCCUCGGGCUGCGUCGUCCACGUGUGCGCAGCGCGCUUCGGCCGUCGCUGGACCGCUGUGGGCUGUGCCCUGCUGGCAGGGGUCACCUGCGCAGCCACCUUCUUUAUGUUGAGGGGUAAGCUGCUGUAG